UAUAAACAUGUUAAAUGAAGUUGGAAGAAAUAUGGUAAAAAUCCUUUUGCGGUUCGUUAUGAAACUAAAGUAGUGUUGAGCUUACAAAUUGGAGACCACAAAUUUAUCGCCAUGAACACAAGGUCGCAAGUGCCCAGGGGAAACAAGCUGUUUUUACCGAAAAUUGAAUAUGCUAAGCUUACAGAAGACAGGCCGUUAGGCGAAGAAAGAUCAAACAUGAAGACCGUUCUUUCUGAUGAAAAAAAGAGCAACGGUGAAUCAGAAACUGAAGAGAAAAUUCCUCUGUUGAAUGUUAAUAUGGGUGCUUUCACGCGUUUUUCUGUUUUGCCACCGAUAAAGAAUAACGCUCGACAUGGAAGUAGAUUGAGCAACGCGCGUAGAUUUUCAGUCGUGUCGUCGAAUGGGUCGGCUGCUAGUUACGAUACAAGCAGGAAAAGCGAUGAGGGGAAAUUGUAUAAAAACGUAGACUGCUCCAGCUUCGUGGCUCAGCAAAGAAAGGACUCGAGCGGUGAAUAUGAUAAGUAUUUACAAGUGGUCGGUAGGCCGUACUUGGCUGAAAAGCGGAAACGUCGAGGGAAAGAACAACUUCGAUCGAAACCGAGAAUCCCUGAACGAUCUUUUAGUAGCCCUGCGGGAUCUGAGAGUGGAAAAUCCAGUUGUAAAGGCUGCAAUGCACUUUUAAUAAGGCAGCGUUCAAAAACUGAAGGUGGGCAAUUUCUUAUGGACUCGCAAUCAAGAGCUGACAUUGUAAAACACACAUGUAUCAGGAGUGAGGAAUUCUCGGGUACAAAUCAAGAGAGGUUAUAUCCGAACAGCUUACAUUUACAAAGCGAACAUCGCGCCUACGAAAAGAAUAAUAACAGAAUCCAAUCCGGAAGAAGGAAAGGUUCUACUAUUGCCACAAAACAAUCAGAAAAAAUUAGUUUAUCGGUUGCAGCACUUGCAAAUGGCAGACGACCUGUGAGUCGGUGCGAAAUAGACUUGAAUAUCAAUUCAUCGGUGUCAUUUGAGCAAGAUACACACGUUUCGAAUGAGCAGCGAUCUAAUUCGCCGCCAUCAGUACGAAUAUAUGAAUCACAGAGAAAAAAUUCAAACGAGAAUCGAGAUCAAAGCGAAGACACUGCAUACUCUUUGCAAGGAAUGCCACAAAUUAAAAUUUUAAUCGACUCGCUUGAAAAUGCAAGAGAGGAACUUCCCAAAGGUUCUAUUGAUGUGCCGUAUACUUCGUUGAGGGAGAAACGAAGACGGUCGGCACUGUGUAGAAAUAAUUCAAAACAAGUGGAUGAUUUUCUUUUAGUUCAUAAUCUUCGGGAUUUAGGCUUGCUUUAAACGAAUUAUUCAAGCUGAUCUGUGUAAAGCUGAUCACACGGACGGCGGUGUUCUAUUUUCAGCCUAGCUGUGACAGUUGCCAAGAAACAUUGGCGGUAAUAAAAGCUUAUUAGGCAAGGCAGGUGACUCGGCCUUCCAUUUUACGCAAACAUAACUCAUAUACAUUUCCUCUAAAGGAAGCAAAAAUACCAUUUAAGAAGUAAAUCGCAAUGGUACUAAUCUUACAGGUUUACAGAAUGACGUGAUGUAAAAGAAACUUUCGCUUGGAAAUCUUAUUGCAUGGCUGUGAUAAUAAUUUUUUUUAUCAUAAAUCAAGCGCGAGUAAGUGUGGUGCAAUAUAUUAUUCAUAUCACUUAAGUAAACGCUAUAUCGUGCAUGCACUACCUGUGACAUAAUGAGGAGAAAUGAAAAACAAGAGGUGAUGAUACUGUGAAGUUGCAUACAUAAUCCUGAAGACCGGACUAAAAAGAGACUGAACGUCUUCGGUUCCAAAAUAAACUAAUAUAUUUGUACCAGGUCGAGCAUAUGCGUCUACCGAAUUUCCGAUCAUUUAUGACAAAUGUUUUAUCAUACGGAAAGCGUAGGGGAUAUUAGCACUCCGGUAAUUUAUCUUCUUUUUUAUUGGCUCUUGAGAUGGGAAGAUAAGCUCAUCUGGGAAGUUCAAAACUUCAAUAAAAAAAUCUCAGUCUUUGAACCUUUGAAAACAUGCCGUCUAUUUCACUCCCGUUGUGGCCAUUGUUCAUUUUAGUUUAUUUCUGUGUCAGGCCAAAUAUUGUGUCUAAUGACGCAAAAUUAAUCAAUUUUCCUAGCUAUACUAUCGGUGACGGUUUUAUUC